AUGGCAACUCCUCCAAUCAAAUUGAAGCAAUCCCAAACCAACGCGACGGCGCACACUCUAACAGCAGUGUCGUCUUCUUUCGCUUCACACGACACUGCACGGCUACUCGUCCGCGAAACGCUGCAUAUAAGCACCAAUCUCGCUUCUUCACCUUCGAUUCCGGCUAAGCCACCGCUUUCUCUGGCCGAUUCGCCAAAUGAUAGCUCUAAACAUUCGCUAUCAAUUUGGAGUAGUCCAUCUCUGAAGUUGGUAGAUGAUUUGUUAUCUACCCAGGAUGUUGAUUCAACACCUUGUUCUAGUCCAACUGAAAUUCCAGCAAAUGAUAGUAAAGGAAAGAGAAUAUCGGUUGUAUGGAAUCAUUGUAAGAAACGAAAAGUUGAAAAGAAGGACUUGGUUGGUGAGUCUAAACAACAACUGAGCAUGGACUAUUUUCAUUUUGAUCCAAAGUUAGUGAGGAGGAAGCUUGCGAACAUGGUCAUCUUGCAUGAGUGCCCUCUAAACAUGGUUGAACACAUUGGUUUUAGAGAAUUUUCAGCUUCUCUUCAACCAUUAUUUAAGAUGGUUUGUAGAAACACAUUAAAGAGAGACAUUUUGAAAAUUUAUGAUUAUGAAAGGGGGAAGACUGUUAUGGAGUUGGAGAAGAUUCCAAGUAGAAUUGCAAUCUCAACUUCUAUGUGGACUUCAAGCAAUAAAAGGAGACAAUUUAUGCUUGUCAAAGCGCAUUAUGUUGAUGACUCUUGGACUUUGGAAAGCCGGGUUAUGAGGUACCUAUUUGUUUUAAGUGUGUUGGGUUAA